ACUAGACUCAAGGGGCGGAGCGCUUUGCAGACAGGAAGGAAGGCUCUUCCUGGGCUGGGCCAGGAAGUGGAAGGGUGGCCAUCACCCUGGUUCCUGGUCGUGGGUCCCAGAGAGCUCGGGAAUAAAAGGCAAAACAAACAUUCAGACCUUUCUGCUGACGGAGUCUGACCUUCUUUGGCUGUUCUCCUUGGACGGGCGGCUCCGCAGCCCGCCUGCGCUCUCAGCAUCGUGAAGAGGGGCUGUGGGCUUGGCUUGCCAGGCAACUUCUUUUUUUUCAUCCAGAAGAUCACUGGGCUGGCCACUUGCCCCCUAGGACUGGGCUGGUUCACAGGUCCUUGCAGUAAGCUUCGACACCAAAAAAACAGCUCUCUCCCACAGAGCUCUCCUCGGUGGCCACUGACGUGACUUGUCAGGUUCCGCAGGUUCAGACCUGAGUCCGGACCGGUGAGCAAGUGCCUCAUGAAGGAAGGGCGCCUGGGCAAGCCCCCCAGUGCCAGCCCAGGUGGGAACCACAACUCCAGAGUCUUUUCUCGAUUCAAGGCAUCUCGCCGGAACCAUGAACAUUGAAGCAUAUUUUGAAAGAAUUGGUUAUAAGAACUCGAGGGACAAAUUGGACUUGGAAACAUUAACUGACAUUCUUCAGCAUCAGAUCCAAGCCAUUCCCUUUGAGAACCUUAACAUCCACUGUGGGGAAGCCAUGGAAUUGGACUUGGAGGUCAUUUUUGAUCAAAUUGUGAGGAGGAAACGGGGUGGGUGGUGUCUCCAAGUCAACCACCUUCUGUACUGGGCUCUGACCAUGAUUGGUUUUGAGACCACUAUGUUGGGAGGGUAUGUGUACAACCCAUUCACCGACAAAUACAGUAGUGCCAUGAUUCACCUCCUGCUGCAGGUGACCAUCGACGGCAGGGACUACAUAGCUGAUGCUGGAUUUGGACGCUCUUACCAGAUGUGGCAGCCUCUAGAGUUAAUUUCUGGGAAGUACCAGCCCCAGACGCCUUGCAUCUUCCGCUUGACUGAAGACAGAGGAACCUGGUACCUGGACCAAAUCAGAAGAGAGCAGUACAUCCCAAACCAAGACUUUCUGGAUUCUGACCUCUUGGAAAAGAAUGAGUAUCGGAAAAUCUACUCUUUUACUCUUGAACCUCGAACAAUUAAAGACUUUGAGUCUGUGAAUACAUACCUUCAAGAGUCUCCAGCAUCUGUGUUUACAAGCAAGUCAUUUUGCUCCUUGCAGACCCCAGAAGGUGUUCAUUGCUUAGUGGGUUUCACCCUCACCUACAGGAGAUUCAAUUAUAAGGACAAUACAGAUUUGGUAGAGUUUAAGACACUGAAUGAGAAAGAAAUAGAAGAAAAUCUAAAAAACAUAUUUAAUAUUUCCUUGGAGAAAAAGCUUACCCCCAAACAUGGUGAUAAAUUUUUUACCAUUUAGAGGAGGCUGUAAAAAUGGUCUCAUGAUUACUUCUGGUGCUGUAACUUUUUAAUCACAAAAAAUUUAAAUGUCAAUAAAAGUUGUUUUUGUUAUUGUU